AUGCAUAAGAAAUCCCCCAACAGUAGUGUUGCCUCCCUGUCCAAACAACUGGACCCCGGCCUGCUCAAGUCCACCACAACCCUGUCCUCGUCCAACUUCUCCCCCAUCAGGAGCCCAAAUUCCAGCCUUGUCGGUUCUCCCCAGUCCAGAAGCCGCGACCGUUCACCUCAGAGAACCUCCAACACAAACCUGUCUCAGUCUUCACCAGGACUGAGUAGCAACAACAGGAGUCUACAGCCAAGUCCUUCAAAUGGGAGAAGUUACGACAACGCCUCAAACUCAAGGUCACCGCAUCAAGGUCAGCAGAGAAGUCAGAACGAGGGAGUGAAAGAGAGGAGUGCUAGUGAUGUUUCGAGUAGAAGCACGGUGAGUGGUUCCUCCCUGCACAGCAGUGUGAGUGGAGUGAGCAGACUGACUUGCUCUACAGACGUAGACACAGCGGUUUUAAACGCGGGGAAAACCUUAGACCACUCCAUGCUGGCGUCUCAGCAUAAACCCAGCCCGCAGAAGUCUCUUGCAGAAGAGAUUCGGGAAAGUCUCACACCUGGAGGAGGGACUUUAGAUGCUAACCAAAUGAGUGGCGCAUCGGGAACAUACCUAACGAGAGAUUUACUCCAAACUUUUAACCAGGGAUUGGCCCAGAACAGGGCAAAGCCACUAUCUGUACGUACUGGCUCGCUGGAGCAAGUUCGAGCGGGAAAUGCGCUUGAUUCGCCGAGUUCGGUAUCCGACAAGCGGACAAGCGACAGCGGGAUGUUGAGUCGCGAAGGUACCAUGGGGACGAUGACCCCGCAAAGCUCCACUUCGGAACUCAGUGUGAAGUCGCAACGAGAGUGGCCGCCAUCGACCAACGGGAAAGCGGGCAGCCACGAUGAAGACUUGACUUUCUCGGCAGACGAGUUUGGUAAGAAGCUAGAGGCUGCCCUGAAGGCAACACCCCUUAACUCCACGUUUAAUCUGCAUGAUGAGAGCUCUUACGAUCACACUCAGGACAGACAGAAGUCGUCUUCUUUAACAAACAUCCGCGUGAAAUCUUUACCAAACGGAGAUUCGGGAUUUUCGAGCUCAACUGCGCUGUGUAAAAACGGACCUUCCAGCAGUUCUGACGGAAAUCUUUACCUCAACCCUGAUUCUGGCUACCCGUACCAGAACGGGCCAAAACUCGGUAACUUCGCCAACAUUUCGGGCGUGCUGAACUCUUCGUUACUAUCCGAAGGAGUUAUAUUCCGUGCGGAGGACCUCCAAGACCCGGAACUGACCAAACUUCCGGAUUUUUCGCUCUCAACACCGACCCCAGGGUCACCUUCGAACCCUAGGAUGCAGUCUACCCCGGUCCCGACGCGCAUGCCGUCUCCCAUGAGCCUCCUGAGCUUCAUGACCAGCAUGGAACAGGGUGGAGGGGAUGAGCUGUUGUCUCUGCUAGAGAUGAUUGGCCAACAGAGCGAGAAGCUCAGAACAGAGCUGGAGGAAGCACAGGUGCGAGAAGCGCAGCUGUUAGAUGAGAUAGAGGAGCUUCAGGCGCAGCAGGUGUCGCAGCCGCAAGAGGAACCUGUUGACAGCCGCGUGCUGGCUAAACUCUCACAGGUGAGAACACUUUGACAUCAUGUAUACUGGUACACAUAU